AGAGUAGUACUAUCGACUCAUGGAUUUAACCAUCUCUAGGACGAAAAGUUAUUGUUUACAUUUUCACCCCUUUCCAAAUGGGGCAAAGUUAUUUUUGUGAUUACUGCGGUUGUUUUAUGAAAAGUGACUUGAAUGUGCGGAAGCUGCACAACAAUGGCAUAUCUCACACGGUGGCCAAGUAUCGGUACAUGCGGCGCUUUGAAGAUCCCGCUAAGAUUUUGGCAGAGGAGCGUCUAAAGAAACCAUGUCAGCGCUAUUUUAAGGGAUACUGCAAGUUCGAUCUGUAUUGCAAUUAUGGUCAUUAUAGUGAAAGGGAGUUCAAGAAGCUGGAAAAGCUAGUUGGAGCGCAGAAGAACUCGAAAACUCGCAAGCGAAAAGCAAAGAAAUGGCCUUGGAGAACACAUCAGAUUGGUCUACCACCGUCCCUGCGUCCAAUGGAAUUGGCGAAACUCAAGAAAACCAAUUUUGAACUAAACUGGGGCUAAACAUAUUUAAUUUUCGAUGUAAUGUACAUUUAUCUUCAUCCAUUUAAUAUGCCAAUGACUUUAUCCAUCACGCGGGAUAUUUUCAAAUUAAUCCUCAAAAUGCGAGCAUAUUCGUAGUGAAACGAUUUGGGGGAAUGCCCGCUGAGGUUUUCCUGGUCUGGAUCGCACAAAUGAGCCAACAGGAAAUAGCAAAUAUGCUCUGAAAUAUAAAGACGAUGAUGAUGCAACAUUACGAAA